AUCCCUGGUGGGGUUGUUCAGCAAGUGUGAAAAGAAUAAAAAUGGGUGUAAUCGACAGAUGCACCGUAGUGCUUCUCAAUCAUUCAAACACGGAGGAAUAAUUGGAUUAAUAAUUGAUAUUUUUUUGUUGUUACCACUCCUGUUUUUCCCCUAUUCUCUUCUUACUGUCUUAAGGCGAAGAGACACAUCCCAAAAUAGAAUUGGCCAAGAAUUGUUGACAAAGUGUGUAGACACAUUUUUUAUUUCGGUGGUAUAGCUGGAAGGCGGAUUUUGACGCGAAAAGGAUGUGUUUGAAACAGUGUUCAAUAGUCUUUGUGGUAUGUUACCUGCUAAGUGCUGUGUCCGCCACACCGUUGCCCCAUCACAAGGACACCUCCAUCGUGGGGAAGAUGACGUGGUCCUGUGUCAAUAAUGCUACGUGCAUAGAUGGUGUGGCUAAGGAUAUCGUGGGAAGACUGAGUCGUAAGGAAUCCGUUGAUUUUGGCGUUUUGAAAGUGGUACCGCUAGAGCGAAAGCCCCUCGUUGAGGGACGCUCCUCCAAUUUCAUGAACUUCCUCAGUGGCAAUGCCCUAAGAAUCCCCCUUGGACCCGUGGUCUUUAGCAUCCAGAGGUCGGAGGAUUACAGUGGCUACCUCGAGGUAUCCCUAUUGAGAAAGGGUGGAGAUGAGGAAGGAAGACAUCGUCACAAACAUAGGCCAAUGCGGUUGUUCAUUCCCUCUUUCCUGGCCUUCAAUGCUGUGGGUUGGAUGAUGUUAGCUGUUACAAGCGUGGCACUGCUCACAUUCAAGGCAUUUGCACUCUCCAAAAUAGCUUUCUUAGUUGCAGCUGCAAUGACGAUGAGAAGGGUUAUGGGACACAAUACCAUCGAUCAUCCUGAAUAUCUCCCCUAUAAUGGUUACGAAAUUGACUCACCACUGAGCGGUGCUGUGGCGUCAGGCAGUGAAUUCUUGCCCUAUCACAUAAGCCCAGAUCUGCAGGCUUUCCAGCAGCAACAGCAGCAGCUUAAUCAACAGAAUCCCCUUGCGGCCGAAAGUAAUAUCGUAGCCGCUGUGGAAUCUGCCAAUAACGCCACAUCUCAGCUCGUGCCCCAACUAGGGGGCGGCCUUGCCAAGAUAAAACGACAAGACCUCUCAGCCCUCCGGCGAAAACCGAUGUACUACACAUAUGUAGCUCAGAGGAGUCCAAUUUACACCUACCGAAGCCCUUGAGGAUAUUUCCCAAAGUGCUGAUCGUCAGAUGGCAAAAUAAAAAGAUCGUGUGACCCAAUCUAGAAACCAACCAAAGCUCGUAGAAAUCUCAAAGGAUUUCUCUUUCCGAAGACACCUCAUCUUUGCAGAAAUCAUCGGUGCAUCAUUUUUUUAAAAAAAUGUUUUAACUAAAAGACAGUAGAAAAUAAUAAGUUAUUUAUUUAUUUAUUUAUAAAAAAAAACUUAAUAAUAAAUUAAAUUAAAUGCAACUUCUCAUUAGCUUACCCUGUCUCGUUGUAUUUGAGCAUUUUUGUUUUGAAAUUAUAUUCAAGUCUCCUGUUCAUUUGAAAUAUUUGCAAAAUUAUUAAUUCCUCAAUUGAUUCAAUUCAAUUGAUAACGAUAUUAAGCAUUGUCUUAGGAUUUAUACCUAAGGACUAAGCAAAUAUUUCUCCCUUAAAUGUAUAUAUACCCGUAGUAUAUGUAUAACUAUUUAUGUUACAAGAGACAGAAAAGAGCAAAUAAAUAUGAGUGAUAUGAUAAAAAAA